AUGAAACUUCUCAUCCUCCUCCACGUCCUGUUCUUUUACUGCAGCAUGCCGGAUAUAGCAUUUUCCUCGCCGGCGUGCAAUUUUCCAGCCAUCAUCAACUUCGGCGACUCUAACUCUGACACCGGCGGGUUCUCGGCGGCCUUCGGCCCGUUUCCACCCCCCAAUGGCGAGAGCUUCUUUCAUAUGCCGGCGGGUCGACUCUCCGACGGCCGUCUUAUCAUCGAUUUCAUUGCAAAGAGCUUUGGGCUUCCAUUCCUGAGCUCCUACCUGGACUCGCUGGGUGCAAAUUACAGUCAUGGAGUUGACUUCGCCACCGUGUCUUCCACCAUUAUAGAUCAAAACAUUUCUCUGUCGCAGGGCGGGUACAGUCCAUUCUACCUCGCCGUACAGGUUAUGCAGUUCUCCCAAUUCGUUCCCAGGUCUCAAUUAGUCGCCAAGCGAGGAGGGUGCUUCAAGUCCUUAAUGCCAAAAAAGGAAUACUUCAACCAAUCUCUGUAUACGAUCGACAUCGGCCAGAAUGACAUCACCGCCGGCUUGGGCGCCAGAAAAACGUCUGACAAGUUCAUUCCACAGACGUUAGCCGUCUUCUCCGGCGAAGUUAAGAGGAUUUAUAACCUUGGGGCGAGGUAUUUCUGGAUUCACAACACCGGCCCACUCGGUUGUCUCGCCUACACCCUGGUCCUACGAAAUCUCACAGCCGCCGGCGAGCUUGAUCCGGCGGGCUGUUCUGUCUUCUACAACAAGGUGGCACAGCAGUUCAACAAAAAACUCAAUGAGACUUUAGUGGAGUUAAGGAAGCAGCUGCCUCGUGCCGUUAUAACAUACGUGGAUAUUUACUCCGCGAAGUACUCGCUCUUCCUCAAGCCCGCCAAGUAUGGGUUUAAGGACCCUUUGAGGGUCUGCUGCGGGCAUGGAAAUAACAAGUAUAACUUCGACCCCAACGUCCUGUGUGGGAGCAAGGCGACGGUGAACGGCAGCGUGGUUUUGCUUGGAAGAUCGUGUCGUGAGCCGUCAAAGAAGGUGGUGUGGGACGGAAUUCACUAUACCGACGCUGCGAAUAAGGUGGUGUUUGACCUGAUCUCUACCGGAAGGUUUUCGCACCCUCCCCGAUCCUUAAAGAGGGCUUGCGAAGGGCGCAUCUUAUGA